UCCAAAACCUACCCUGAGACUUGUUGGAAGACCUGCUCUGAAACCUGCCCUGAGACGUGUUUGGAGACUUACCCUGAGACUUACUCCACAAGCUACCCAGAGGCCUCUGAGAUCUGCCCCAAGCCUUGCUCCUUCACCUUCCCUGAGACUUGCAGAAAGACUUGCUCUGAGACCAGCUCCGACUCCUGUCUGAAGACUUGCCCUGAAACCUGUUCUACCCUAAGCUGCCCAGAGACCUGCUAUGAGAGCUGCCCCAAGCCCUGCUACUCAACCUGCCCUGAAAUCUGCCCUAAGCCUUCCUCCUUCACCUGCCCCGAGACCUGUCUGAAGACUUGCUCUGAGAGUAGCUCCAUAACUUGCCCUGAGACCUGCUCCAACACCUGCACCAAACCCUGUUCAUUCACCUGCCCUGAGACCUGUCUGAAAACUUGCUCUGAGACCUUUCCCAAGCCCUGUUCUUUCACUUGCCCCGAGACCUGUCUUAAAACUUGCUCUGAGACCUGCCCCAAGACCUGUUCCUUUACCUGCCCUGACACCUGUCUGAAAACUUGCUCUGAGACCUGUCCCAAGCCCUGUUCCUUUACCUGCCCUGACACCUGUCUGAAAACUUGCUCUGAGACCUGUCCUAAGCCCUGUUCCUUUACCUGCCCCGAGACCUGUCUGAAAACUUGCUCUGAGACCUGUCCCAAGCCCUGUUCCUUCACCUGCCCUGAUACUUGUAUUAAAACUUCAUCUGAGAUCUGCCCUAAGCCAUGUUCCUUCACCUGCCCUGAGACCUCUCUAAAGCCUUGUUCACUCACCUGCCCCCAAACCUGUGCCGAGACCUGUCUGAAAACCGGCCCUGACACCUAUCUUAAAACUUGCUCUGAGACAUGCUCUGAGACCUAUCCCAAGCCAUGUUCCAUUACCUGCUCUGAGACCUGCUCUGACACAUUCUCCAAGUCCUGCUCCUUCAACUACCUCAAACCCUGCCCUGACAGUUGUCUGAAGACCUGCUCUGAGACUUUCUCCACAACUUGUUCUGAGACCUGCUCCAAGCCCAAGACUUGCCCGGAACCCUGCACCUCAAGCUACCCAGAAACCUUAUCUGAAACCUGCCCCAAGACUUGCUCCAUCUCCAACCCCAAGUCCUGCUUCAGCACUUUUUCCAAUAGUUGUUCCAUGUCUUCAGUGAUCGUUCCUCGUCAUUGUGGAACAGUUACAACAAAAGCCCACAGUGUAUAUGGUUGCAGUUUUGGAGGUAGGACCCGCAUCUCUUCUUGCUCCUAUCGUCCAAAUACUUGUUCGCCAUGUCCAUCAUACAAACUUGAUGGAUUUGGUGAAAGAUUUGGUGCUAGAAUCAUGGCUGGAGGGUGUUAUGGCAGGGAUUAUGACUAUCACCAGCUGAAUGAGAAGGCCACCAUGCAAAACCUGAACGAUCGUCUGGCGUCCUACCUGGACAAGGUACACUUUUUAGAGGCUGCCAAUGCCACUCUGGAGAAGCAGAUCUGUGAUUACUUCGAGAAGAAGGACCCAAUCUGCCAGAAAGACUACAGCUGCUACUUGAAAACCAUUGACUGCCUUCAGGAAAAGAUUAAAGAUGCUACAAUCACCAAUGGCAAAAUCCUACUCCGAAUCGACAACUCCAAAUUGGCUGCUGAUGAUUUCAGGAUAAAGUAUGAGAAUGAGCUGUCAAUACAUCAGUGUGUGAGGGCUGACAUUGAUAACCUGCGAUGUAUACUUGAUAAGACAUGCCUGGCAAAGGCCGACUUGGAGUUGCAGAUCUGUGCUUUAGAGGAAGAACUUGUGUAUUUGAGGAAAACUCACCAGGAGGAUGUGGCAGCACUAAUGUGUCAGUUGACAAACUCAAAGGUGUGUGUUGAAGUGGACGCCGCUCCUCAGCAAGACCUUAAAAAGGUUUUAGAUGAUAUCCGUUGUUAUUACGACACCAUCAUAGACAAACACUGCACAGAACAGGAGUGCUGGUUCAAAGAGAAGAUGGCAGGUCUAUGUAAAGAUACUGCAAUCAACACAGAGUGCCUGGAAACCUCCAUGUCACGUAUUUCUGAUUUACGACGCACAUUGCAGAGUCUGGAGAUCGAGCUACAGUCUCAAAUCAGCCUGAAAGGAGCUCUGGAGUGUUCACUUCUGGAAACAGAGGCACGUUACAGCACUUUGCUAGCAGGCUAUCAGAAACACAUCAACACAUAUGAGGCAGAGCUCUGUCAGGUUCGCACUGGCAUUGAGCAGCAGGGUAGAGAUUAUGAUGCCCUGCUGGACAUCAAGAGCCGCCUGGAGCAGGAGAUCACCACCUACAGGUGCCUCCUGGAAAACCAGGCCUCUCAGUGCUGAAAUUAGGUCAUCACAAUCUGUCUGUCCCUCAGUCUAGAUCACAUAAAACAUUUAAACACAUUUACCCUCUAUUUACAUGGU